UCGCCGUUCCCUGUUCAUUGUUUAUGUGACGUGGUGGUGAUGAUAGCCGUGGUGAAUCUCGGUGCCAAUGGUGGACAUAUUUAUAUGUAAUCUGUGGUAGAUACAGGGUGCCGGUUGUGUUCGAAUCAACGAAACUGGAAAUUUAUUUUUUUCGAUUCAUUGUAGAUUUUCGCAAACUCUCACCAUGUUGCAAUCGAUAUUCGAUGACGUGCGACGUAUGAAUAAACGCCAGUUUCUGUAUCAAGUACUGAGUUUUGGCAUGAUAGUUUCGUCGGCCCUGAUGAUAUGGAAGGGUCUGAUGGUCACUACCGGUAGUGAAAGCCCUAUCGUGGUGGUAUUGAGUGGCAGCAUGGAGCCUGCAUUUCAUAGAGGCGAUUUGCUCUUCCUCACUAAUUAUCAGGAUGAGCCAGUGAGAGUGGGCGAGAUCGUUGUUUUCAAAGUCGAGGGCAGGGAUAUACCUAUUGUACACAGAGUACUUAAACUUCAUGAAAAGGGUGACCAAAAUAAUACGGUCAAGUUUCUCACGAAAGGUGAUAACAAUUCCGUGGAUGAUCGAGGCUUGUACGCGCCCGGUCAACUGUGGCUGAUGCAUAAGGAUGUGGUCGGCCGAGCUAGAGGCUUUCUACCAUAUGUUGGCAUGGUCACUAUAUACAUGAACGAAUAUCCUAAGUUUAAGUAUGCAGUAUUAGCAUGUCUUGGAUUGUAUGUUUUGGUACAUAGAGAAUAAAGUUAUGCUCUCGAUAAGUUGAAA